CUGUUGCUCUGCUCGCCACCUCGCUCUGCUGCGGAAGUCUCUUCAACACUCGCCAGAAUAAAAGCCGUGCCGUUUAGUGGCACUUUUUUACUCCAGCCUUCAUGCCUUCUCUUCCUUUUGUUCUUGUUCUUUUUGCAAGCGUGCUGCUGGAGUCCUGGAGCGGAAGAUUCUAGUUUGACUUUGACGUCUAAGUUUGGAAGCGGAUGAGUUUGGGGAAAGACUUUUGAUUCCUCACGUCUCCGUCUGCACCAUGACCACGCCGACCCAGGACAGAACUCAAUUGUGCUGUGACGUCUCCAACGGCUUUAAAGCAAAGAUCUUCCGUUUGUGAGGCGUGAGCGACUGAAUGGAAAAGUGCCGAGACGGAUCCGACGCGAGCGCGAGCCCGUCCAAACUAAGCUAGAGAAGGCUUGGCGAGGAAUAAAGGAGCAGGUAUCUGUCUGACUGCUGGACAGGCAAGUGAGCGCCAUCUUGUGAAUGUGGUGGUGAGAUGAACUCCAGUGGGAACACUGUAGACCCCACCUGACAGCUGAAAACAAAACACGGAGUCAGGAAGUCUCUUGUCCCUUUCUAGGUGUCGCUGCUCAGAUAUCACAUAUCGUGUAGGAAAGCGGAAGGUGGAAAGAGUUCGGUGUGCGGACACCAGCAAACCCGUACGUGGUCCUCCCACGUAUCCCAGCAUUCCUGUGGUGACGUUCCACCCAGACUUCAGCCUGGCCGGCACAACCAUCCCAGCCAAGGGGGAGGAGGACUUCCUCACGCUGGCCGCCUCCCGGCUAAGCCGCAAGAAGCGCGUGAUCGGAGCUGGAGUGGGCGUGGCCAUGGUCCUGGUCCUUCUGGUGGCCAUCCCCCUGUUGGUGCACUCCACCAAAGGAGGUGGGUCCGGGGGAGGGGGCACGCAUUACGAGAUGCUGGGGAGUUGCAAGAUGGUGUGCGACACUUUCACCCCCCCUCAAGGAGAGCUGACGGGCGCCUCCCCUCAGCCCCCAGACUUGGCCAACCGUCGGGGCAAACAGGGUUUCAGAGGAAGCCCGGGACUCCCUGGUCCCCCGGGUCCUAAGGGCCCCCCUGGAGAGCCGGGGAAGCCCGGUCCGCCCGGUCCCCCGGGUCCCGGACCCGGCGGGUACGGCCCCUCCUUGUACACGCCCAAGAUCGCCUUCUACGCUGGCCUGCGGAAGCAACACGAAGGCAGCGAAGUGCUGAAGUUUGAUGACGUGGUGACCAACGUGGGGAACUACUAUGAGCCCAGCACGGGCAAGUUCACCUGCCCCCUGCCUGGCAUCUACUACUUCACCUACCACGUCCUCAUGAGGGGAGGGGACGGCACCAGCAUGUGGGCCGACCUCAAGAAGAACGGGCAGGUAAGGGCCAGCGCCAUCGCCCAAGAUGCGGACCAGAAUUACGACUACGCCUCCAACAGUGUCAUCCUGCACCUGGACGUGGGGGACGAGGUGUGCGUGCAACUGGACGGGGGCAAAGUUCACGGCGGGAACACCAACAAAUACAGCACCUUCUCCGGCUUCCUCAUCUACCCCGACUGAAACGCUACUCGUAUUCCUGCACUUUAUCUCUUCCAUCAUUCCAUCGUGUCGCUGAAGAGAAUUUCUGUCCAAAUGAAUCUAUGACAUCAUCACUUAACAUUUACCUCAGACACGCGCGCUCGGUUAGUCGUAAUUCUGUGCCAUUAACAACGUGUGCAAGCUCGCAUUUAAUGCCUCUUUUUCACACACGCACACACACACACACACACACACACACACACACACACACACACACAGUGCAAGAAUGAACGGACGACAAGCUAUCCAUCCAAAAUGAAGAGACGUGAUAAGUGGAUGUACGCCAUCAAUGCAGCCUCUGGCCUCCCAGUGAACGUACGGUGCGUCAUCAAUAUGUCGAUAGCGGCUGAUAACGCCUGCAACUCCAUCGCAAAGAAAAAAAUGUCUAGGUGUUGAUGGUCUACGUCCACAUGCAAACACAUGUUCGUCCUCCUGCUGCCGCAUGUUUGACCUGCACAGCUGGAGAUGAUGAUGGGAAUGCUUCAGUUGUUCAUUUUAACUGUACACUUUACACACGUCUGAAAAGGAGUUGGAAGAAGCGGAUGUUAUUUAAGACUACCCCUUCUACAUGUCUCAGUUACUGAUACAUACAGUAUGUACAUACUGUGUAUAUAUACUGUACAUAUACAAUAUACUGUAUAUAUACACGCCUCAUCAAAACGUUAAGAGCAGUUGGAAAAUGAGAAGAAUGUACAUUUUGCGCUGUUGGAUCUUAAGGAGCUUCUUAGUUGAGCUCCAAAAUGCAAAAAGAAGAAAUGAAUUCACAAACUAGAAAAGCAGAGAGAGCAGACCUCCGCCAAGUGCCAUAGUAGUCCCCCCCCCCACCCCGCCCCAUAUUGCGAUUCACACCAAAAUAAGAAUCCUACAUUUUUUUUGAUAUUUUGUACAACCUGUUUUUUGUGAAGUUAUCAGCACAAAUGCCGAAAAUGCUCCUAUCUCGCAAUGUUAAAGAAUCCUUUUAAAAAAUUCCUGGAUCCAGACGGUGAUCCGGAUCAAACCCAAAAUUGAAUCGGUUCUUCCAUAUCCCGUUUCUGACAAUUCCUGAAAGCAGCAUCCAAAUCCAUUCAGCACUUUUCAGGUUAUUUGGAAGACAAAGAGACAAACAGAUAAACGCCGGCAAAAACAUAACCUCAGCGCUUGCGCUUGGCGGAGGUAAUUAACAAUGAAUAAUUCUUUUCAUGAAUAAAUCAUGCUGUUUUGUGGCUGAAUGUGGCCUGUUAUUGGUUUAAAAAGUAGAUAUUUAAGCAAAUUGUACCUUUUUAUUGCCUAAAUGAAACCUUGUCAAGCAUAAAAAUGAAGUCAAAUACAAACAUUCAGGCAUUCAGAAGACUCAUGCAAAAAGGUUGUGAAGAUAUUUAGUAUAGCACACUGGCCACUAGGUGUCAGUAAUGUUACUGUCAUGUUGGCUGAGACACACAAGCACCAGACCUGAUGGCUUUUAUUGCACUUUGAAUGAUCCCACAGCAGCCACAAUAAUCCCUAACGCGGGAUACUGUUCCACCCGUAACACACGCCAAGAUAAAACUCAAGUCUGAGCCUGCGAUGUCACUUCCUGUCUGCCCCCCCGCAGCUCUUCUCGCACCGGAACACAUUUACAGCAACACACAUGAGCACAAGUCUUAUUUAUGGGCUACUAUAUUGGGUAAUAGGAGUGUAAAGGUGACUAUAGGGGUGUUAUUUCAUGUCUAGAGGGCUCUAAUCAUGUUCAAAAGUGUAUUUAAAAGGUGGUAAACAGUUUUCUACACUAUUUAAACAGCAAAAUAAUCCAUUUCUGAAUAAGGAAUCCUACCUGGUGGAAGUUGAUUCAUGCGGAUGGGCUGUGGAAGCAAUAAGCUGCCAUGAAUGAGGGAUCGGUGUGGUGUGUUGUAUAGUUUAGUAUAGUUUCUCCACCGCAGCCAGCCACUGCUGAUGCUUGACGGACUAAGAUGCUGACCCACGAUGGAGGAUAAAUGAAUGUACACCGUGCAUGUGACCAAGCCUUCUUUCUUCCUAGCAACAGUUGUGCUAAAGAGUCAAAGGAGUGUUGAAUGUAGCUGUCGUACUGUCGUUUUAAGCCCACUUUGUCUUAUUUGUGCUCAGUUGGGUGUGGUAGCGGCCAUCUUGCUAUCACAAUAAAGGCAUGUGUGUUUGAUUGAUUUUGCUGGUGAAUGUCCAUCUGUGAAGGUGUUUUCCAGCUCUUACUAGCAUAUCCACACGGCUUUUCUGUGCCUUACAUUUCAUAUUCCAUGCAUGGGAGCGUCUGACUUCUCAAAUCCAGGCUGCGCUGCGUGUUGGACGAGCUGAUCCGCGUGACACAAGCGGCAAUCUGACAGGGAUUUUCCGGGGUGCAUCCGUGCCGACGCUGUUUGUCACGGCGGGAAACAGCAGACGCUAAACGGGGCCUGUCAGUCUUUCAGUGUAUCAUAUCAUGUCUGCACAUACGAAGAACCAGCUCGCCAUUUUCUACACUUGCAGCAGGAAGUAUGUAGCCACGUGAUGAUAUUGAUCAGAGUGGAAUGUGAAUGUGAUGCUUCCAUUGUUGUCUCUGUGCUCUGCAAGCUGCUGCCUCGUGUGUGUUUGUAACAACACUUCAUCAAACACAAUAAAAAUAUACAACUCCUGCUUUCCUCGUCAAGUCAAGCAACAGCUGCAGCUUCACGGCUGGUGAGGCACUGACUCCUUUCAGGUAUUUUUAUGUUUAUACGAGGGCUGUCAAAUGCGACAGUAACUCAUUCAUGUCACCCUAGACACUCGUGUCGUUAACACAUACUGUAGGCCUGUCACGAUAAUCGACACAUCCAUUAAUCGAACAAUACGGAAAAAACAGAUGGAUAAUUAUGACGCCCUCUCAUGACAAUAAUUAAUGAAAAAAAUGGUCUAAAAAAUAUCGCCGAAAAUAUCGCCGAUAAUAUCGAUUAUCGGUGAUAAUUUGUGGCCCAAUUCUAGUCCAACAAAAUGUUGAGAGACCUACAUGCGCAUCAUGUCAAGCCACACCUCUCUGUUAUGACAGCAGACGAAGGCACGAUAGCGCCCAAUAGCGUCUUAUAACAUCCACCAAGACUGAGCGACGUAAAAACUUACGCCAUGCACGUAGCACAGACGUAAAUGUAAAUACAUAAAUAAAUAGAAAACACGUAAAAUGCAGUGACAUUUCAGUGUAAACAAGCAGUAGCAGAGUGCAACGAUGGAUUCAUCUAGAGCAGAGGUGUCCAAACUUUUUUCAGCCACAUACUGAAAAAUGAAAGGGCGCAAGGGUCACUUUGAUAUUUUGUAAAGCAUCACAUGUACUUGCAGAUAUGCUAGGAAGCUACAGCAGAUGUCGCUCAAGAAAAAACUGCAUUUCACCUUUGGAAUAUAAGUGAAAUGCUACUAAAAAUGCUGUUUUUUCCAUAAUAAUACGAGUUUACGCUUGUAAAAUUGGGGACUUUUGUCCUUCAUUCGAUUAUGGCUUUUUUUCUUAAUAUUUGGACUUUAUUCCCAUAAAGUUACAGCUUUUUUUCCCAUUUCUCAUGUUUUUUU